AUGAAUGUAUCUUCCGUUAUUCUGGCAACCUGUCUAGUAGGACUAUGCCGUUGCAGAAACUCAAGACUUCCCACUGACAGACUCUUUAUCGAGGUUCUAGACGACUAUGCAGAAGACGAAGUUUUGACUAGUCACAUUGUAGAUGAGGUAGACGCGUACAAAUCUUCUGGACCAAGUGGCCAAAGACAGGUGUGGGAUUUGUCCAAUGGAACUGUCUAUGAAGAAGACCAUGCGCCGUCCUUGACUAGUAGACGUAAUGACAGAAGGGUAGCGGAUGUAGCAGUGGACGAAUCUCCAGUUCCUCAAACAUCUAGACACACUACUACUCUUGAUAUCUCAGCGUUAGACAAAGGGCUGUUUCAACCCUAUGACUAUGAUGGAGUUCCAACCAAAAUGAUGGUUAUUGGAGAUGUCCCACUAACAAAGCUUGUUAGUGGUAGAGAAAAAAUCUGGGAAAGAGAAAUUGGAGAGAAGUGUAUACGGUCCAUAGUUACUAUGAAGGAUGAUAAGCCAGUUCUUGUCUAUCUUGAAACAGAAGGCUCAUCUGGGAAGCCAUAUUCGAUAUUUUUAAGGGAUGGCGCCACAUGGAAGCCUACAAAUAGUUACAGCAUGGAACUAAAGAAGCUCAAAAUAACUCUGGAAUCAACCACAAACUUUACAAUUAAGCUAGAGGAUGAAAAGGAUACUGACAAGUGCACAGCCUUUGAGGCUCCAUUUUACACUGUACCCACCAGAUUCUACUUUCCAAGGUCCGGGUUUCAUGCCACUGAGGUUACCCACGGAGGAAAGUCUGUAUGGAAGGGUGAGAACGGUCAGAGAGCAUUUUCUGUGAGUCUUCACCCAGCUGAGAAUCCGACUGUACUGCGCAUUCUGGCCAGAGGUGUCAAUGACGUAUUUGCGAGUUACUACUACCAACUCAAUGGAAACAAGUGGGAAUCGGUACAAAGGGAUGACUUUAGGAGAAUCAUAGACGACUUAAAAUCGCGUUCACAAGAUGAUACCUAG